AUGUUAAGCAAUGGCACAGCACGCCCAUCGGAAAGUCCGUGGUCGUCACCCCUUUAUUUGGUACCUAAAAAGAAUAACGGGUGGCGUCCAUGCGGUGAUUACCGACGACUUAACGCACGGACCAUACCAGACAGGUAUCCCAUCCGCCAUAUCCAUGACUUUGCUCACGCUAUUUCUGGUUACAACAAGUGCAAGAUCUUUUCAACUAUUGACCUUGUAAAAGCCUACAAUCAGAUUCCUGUUUUUGAGGAGGACGUUGCAAAAACAGCAAUUACUACACCCUUUGGCCUGUAUGAGUUCCCAUUCAUGGGCUUCGGUUUGCGUAACUCUGGGCAAACUUUCCAAAGGUUUGUUGAUGAGAUGACCAGAGGCCUCGAUUUCUGCUACUGUUUUCUCGACGAUUUCCUUGUCUUCUUGAAAACAGAAGCAGAACAUCGAGACCACCUUCACCAACUGUUUAACCGAAUGAAGGAAUACGGUAUCCUCAUAAACUCGUCAAAAUGUGUCUUCGGAGCUAGCGAGGUGUCAUUCUUAGGACACCAUAUCUCAGAAGCCGGUUCUAAGCCUUUGAACUCAAAAGUCGAGGCUAUACAAAAUUUUCCACCUCCGAAAACCAUACGCCAGCUAAGGAGAUUCCUGGGCAUGGUAAAUUUUUACAGGCGCUUUCUACCAAAUGCGGCUAGGAUUCAGCUGCCGCUGAAUGCUUUACUUUCCGGUUUGGUCAAGGCGUCUCAACCGAUCGAUCUCACCGGGGAAGCACUAGCUUCCUUCAAUGAGUGCAAGAACAGCCUUUCCCAAGCUGCUCUACUCGCACACCCUGACUGCAACGCCAAACUUGCUCUGGUAACAGAUGCAUCAGAUUUGGCUAUGGGUGCAGUUUUGCAGCAGUUUAAGGAUGGUUUUUGGCAACCUCUUGCUUUCUUUUCUCGAAAGCUAAGUCCUUCCCAAAUGAAGUACUCACCAUAUGACCGUGAGCUUUUGGCGAUAUAUGAAAGCAUAAAAUAUUUUCGGCACAUGCUAGAGGCCAGGCACUUUGUAGCAUAUACUGACCAUAAGCCGCUCAGUUACGCUUUUCAUGAUAGGAAAGUCAACUGUUCGCUGUCGUCAGUACCGCUACCUCGAUUACAUCUCGCAGUUCACGACCGAUAUCCGCCACAUUUCGGGCAAGGAUAA